UUCAUAUAUGAUGACGUCAACAUUCUGCGCCUAUUGUUAAAGUUUUGCUGCGUAAUCUGAGUGAGCGAGGCUGAAUUGUUGCUCAGGCAAAACUUCACUUUAAAAUUGUUAGCCAGAAGUUACAGUAUGGAAUAUUUGAUCGGGAUUCAGGGACAAGACUUUGUCCUGGUUGCUGCUGAUAAUAUUGCCGCCAACAGCAUCAUUCAGAUGAAACAGGGUAUGACAUCGCUCGUUUGCAGUUAGCUAAUGUUAGCCAGUUAGCUAUUUAACCGGCUGUUGUUGCCCAUUAACUCAUUCAUAAAAUGUUUAAAAUCAGUAAAAGGUCCAACAUAUUUGUCUCAUACGUUUCCAUUUUGAGUCAUAUGCUUAAACAGCAGCUAACUUACUAGUUAGAAUUGUUGUGUUAAUUUAGCAUGCUAGCUUAACUAGCUAACACCUGCUGUUUGCCAAUGAGUCGAGGUCGGAAAGCAGACACUUAGUUAACAGAUGUCGCUUCCAGCAGAGAUAUUAGAACAGUAUCUCUACUUCCAGUUCUCACCUAGCUAAAGUAUCUGUCUAUCUUGCACGAACGUUACUGUUCACGUGACUAAGUUUAUUGGUAACAAUCGUGGUGGAUUAUCUAACUAGUUUGCUAAUUUACAUGUUCACAAACUCAAAACGGUUGGCUGCGGACUGUUAGAUAGGUAGAAAGGCUAGCCAGUGUUAGCCAGUCAGCUAACUAGUUUGAUUCUUCGAAUUGUGAAAGUGAAAGUCAGCAAGGAGUGCACACACAAGUAGGCCCAGAUUACUAUCAAAAUGACUUGCAAUAUUUUCCUCUAUCAAAAAAUCUGAAAGCUAUUUGUAAUCAAACUAAUUUGGAAAAUGGUGUGUUCUUUUGCUUUAGUAUUUCCAUGCAUCAUGUUGAACAUAUCACUCGUGUGUGUGUGUGAUUGAAUAACCAACACCUUGUCUGUCGCCCUCAGACCAAGACAAGAUGUUCAAGCUGAGUGACAAGAUUCUGUUGCUAUGUGUGGGAGAGGCAGGUGACACAGUACAGUUUGCAGAGUACAUCCAGAAGAAUAUUCAGCUCUACAAAAUGAGAAACGGUAAGUGCCUCCCAUUUCUUGUUUCUCUGGUGUCAAAAUAAAGAUGGCCUAGUAGCCCUAUUACUCAUGGCACCACUACUCUUCUAGUCUUGAUUGAAAAUAUAGAUAAAACAUUUGAGUUACGGAUUUUCCAUGGUUAUGUGUGACUUGUAAUGGGCAUUCCAUUCAUUUGACUCUUGUCUUUCAGGUUAUGAACUCAGUCCAAAAGCGGCAGCCAACUUCACACGCAAGAACCUUGCAGACUACCUUCGAAGCAGGGUAAUUAUUUGCCUAAUAAAUCAGACACUAGUGAGGUUUCCAUCCAAUUGGCGACAGAUUUUUAUGCAAAUAUUCUAAAAUCUGCAUAAAACACAUUGUCCCACCAGAGAUGUUUCCAUCAAACAUACUUAUUUUGGAUAAAAGGCUGUGCGUGAUGACGUAGAGCACAAAAAAAGAACUUUCGCGGUUAAAUUCCAAUGUAUAGAAUAAAAAAUACAAGUUAAAUGGGUUCCCAUCACAUUUUCAACUCUACUGAUGGUUUUGUCACAAAAACUGUUGCGCUAUAUAGCAAAUGUGCCCACUCUGGUCUUGGCAUGUGCGCUCUAGUCAACUGCUUGCAGAUACAGUGCGUGUAGGAUAGCCUACAUAACGAGAUUAUUAUGGAUAAGAGCAAGAUUAUUUUUAUUUGUCAAACGACAGCUAAGCAUCGAUCAUCAUGUCACCAGAAUAAGACCCUUGAUAUUUAUUGGAAAGGAGUAUCAAGCUCAUCAUCAUGCACUUUCACCACCCUGUGAAUUUCAUCAGAACUUACUUAAUCUGUAGCCUAAUAAACUGUAUGCUAUCCCAAGUCGUAAUGGGAGGACCACACAACAUAUCAUCGCGUGACUCCCAAGUUUACUUCGAUAUGAUGGUUAUUAUAUCAAUAUUUGCGCAUAAAGGACUUUCCACCGCUAUUUCUCACAUAAUACACUUUAGACACAAAAAGAUCCAACCAUGUCAAACGAACAAAUUGUCUGUCGACGUUUAAGAAAUUGUACCGACAUUUCCUGUUUCCAUCAGCCCAGUCGUGACUUUUUUCAUGCGUCAGGUAAUUCAUCCGCAUGAAAUAGUUGGAUGGAAACCUGGUUAGUGAUGCCAAUUAUUGGUAUACAGUCUGAAACAAGCCAGAAGGUUGAAUACAAUUGAUUUUGAACUUACUCUACUGGUUGUCUGUGUGGUUGGUCCUUCAGUGGGUUGUAAUUUGAGACAAAAUAUCCACAGGAAAGUGUUAUUUACCUGACAUUUUAGCGCGCCGGUACUGCAGUUUAAAUUUCUAUCACCUGGCUUGUUCAAAACCAACACCUGCAAUACUUCGAUUAGUAUGCAUGCAUCGCAUGUAGUUCCGUCUUGUGCACGUGCCUUAGGUCACGAGCAAACAAAUCUUGAUUGCCACACACACACACUCAUGUUUUGAAAUCGGUUUAAUAAUACCUUCCUGUGGAUGUUUUAUCUAAAAUUACGACCCAUUGAAGGACUAACUCCACGGACAAACGGCAGAGUAAGUUAAAAUAUAAUUGUAUUUAACAUUUGUGACAGACAAGGGAGGUUUAGGGUAAGUGUACCUAUUAAGCCCACACAAAUCUAAGUGAAGACAUUUCUAGCAUGUACUGCCCUCAUUUUUGUAAGAAAAGUGGAGAUAAAAUGAAAGAUGAAUCUCAUGAAGUUAUGACUUUUCUUACAAUUUCUUUUAAUAAGACAAACAAAUAUUUGAUUAAAUGUGAAAAGUCUGGACUUAAUGGGUACCGAAAGUACCCUUUAAGCCCAUGGGUGUUCCAAAUAAGCCCACCUCUUAAAUAAACAAUUUUAAUUAGUUUCCAAAUGUUCAAAACGUACAAACUUACAUAUUUGAUGUAAAAUUAUAUUAUUUUAAUCUUCCCUAAAGUUAUUAAAAUAAACUGAUCAUUACUAUUCAUCAUGAAAGUAGCAGUCAUAACAGGGGCAUGUCCAAUCGUAUCCACAGCAAUCAAUGUGGACUUUGUUCUUGCCAACUAGUACACACCUGACUCAACUAAUCAUAGACUUCAAUCAAGACAUGAUUAGUUAAAUCAGUUGUGUUAUUGCUUGGUUAGAACACUGGCCCUCUGUGGAUAAGAAGUCAUGAACAUAGACCAUAAAACACACAACUUGAGUAAUGUGACACGGCAUGUAGAAAUGUUGAAGCUGUUAAUUACUGUUCUCAAAAGAAUGUCCAUACAGUCUAGAACACUUUACAAUGAAAGAAGAUACCGGUACCUUCCAGCUUUGUAGGCUAACUUUUCUUGCUAGCUUACAGCUGAACCUCUCAGCAAUUCACUAUCCUGGUACUUUGUUUGUGAUACAAAACAAUGCUAAAUCUGCUGAUUUCAAAGCUGAUUGACUCCAAAACUUUAUUAAUUCACUCUCUCUCACGUCUCUCCCAAAGAUUAUCUAUUGCCUCAGUGAACUGACUCCUGGUUAAAGAGACAGCACCCGCUUUUAUAAAAUAAGCUACUACUAUGAUAAUGUUGUUGAUCUGUACAAUAAAAUAAGUCCCAAAUGGAAGGGAAACAGUUUUUUUGUCGUCUGUAGCGCCUUGAAAUGUUAAUGUAAAAAAUGUCAAAAGAUGCCCAACGAUUGAACAGAGUAAGCAGUAGCUGAGUUUCUGUCUGGAUCAAGUGCCAUUCUGUGACUUUGGUUAAUAUGCCUUUUUUUCGCAGUGGUAUCGUUUUGGUAUUGAGUAUCGUGAUGGUAUCGAGAAUCAUGAUACUAAACGUAUCGUUAUCAAAGUCAAAAUUCUGGUAUCGCGACAACUCUAUGGCUUAUGCUAUCGGCGUGACUCCAACAUGGUAAUAAAAUCAAUUGGGGCCCCAUGCCAUAACGGAAAAUACUGAAUGCAUCAUUUUUGACAUUUUAGCUUUUAAUUUGAUGAUUGUUAGUUCUCAAAGAUGAUCUUAUUUAAAAACAAUAUAGGUACAUUAUCUUUUCUACAUACUUUAUAUCUGGUUUUAGUCAUUUACGUUUUCACAAAGUUUUUCCAUCCUGAAAUACAAAUUAUGCAAACUCUAGUUUGUGUGUUUUAAGCAACUUAAAUCUGAACAAAAAACAUAUUUAUGUUCAUUAGGGAUAUCAACACACUAUCCCCAUGUGUUUCAAUGCAAAAUGGGCUUAAUAGGAACAACAGUGAUUUAUGGUGAAAAAGACAAUCGCAAAGUCUACUAGUGAAAUAUUUGGUAACCAAUGGUUUGGGGUAUAAAUAUACACUAUAGACUACAAUAUUAUGCAAAGUUAGUAUUGAUCAUAUUGAACAAUAUUUAGGGUGUCCACCCACUGCCUAGAGUGGGUGAAAAUGCGCUUUGGUGAUAAUUUAACUUCCUUAUGUUAUAAAAUACAUUUUACCAAGACAAAUUCAUGUUCUGAAUCGUUCAGUGGGGUCUUUCUCUAACAUAUCAUUAACAGGAUAACCAAAAACUUGGAUUUCGUAACCUAAUACAUCCGAUAAUAAGCACCAAGCUCUGUUGACCGAGCGUUGCGCUUUCUCACAGCGACUUUUGAGGUUUUUACAUGUGGUGGUGGUUGUCUGCAAAGUUGUUUCCGCGGGUCGCAAAAAGCAACAUUUCGCAUUAAUAUAAAAAGUGUAUGCUAAAAUAUGAAAAUACUACAGUCGUGGUCAAAAGUUUUGAGACUGCUGCCUCAGUUUUUAUGAUGUCAAUUUGCAUAUACUCCAGAAUGUUAUGAAGAGUGAUCAGAUUAAUUGCAAUUAAUUGCAAAGUCCCUCUUUGCCAUGAAAAUGAACUUAAUCCCCAAAAAACAUUUCCACUGCAUUUCAGCCCUGCCGCAAAAGGACCAGCUGACAUCAUGUCAGUGAUUCUCUCGUUGACGAGGACAAGGCUGGAGGUCACUCUGUCAUGCUGAUUGAGUUAGAAUAACAGACUGGAAGCUUUAAAAGGAGGGUGGUGCUUGAAAUCAUUGUUCUUCCUCUGUUAACCUUGGUUCCCUGCAAGGAAACAUGUGCCGUCAUCAUGUGCCGUCAUCAUUGCUUUGCACAAAAAGGGCUUCACAGGCAAGGAUAUUGCUGCUAGUAAGAUUGCACCUAAAUCAACCAUUUAUCGGAUCAUCAAGAACUUCAAGGAGAGAGGUUCAAUUGUUGUGAAGAAGGCUUCAGGGCGCCCAAGAAAGUCCGGCAAGCGCCAGGACCGUCUCCUAAAGUUGAUUCAGCUGCGGGAUCGGGGCACCACCAGUGCAGAGCUUACUCAGGAAUGGCAGCAGGCAGGUGUGAGUGCAUCUGCACGCACAGUGAGGCAAAGACUAUUGGAGGAUGGCCUGGUGUCAAGAAGGGCAGCGAGGAAGCCACUUCUCUCCAGGAAAAAUAUCAGGGACAGACUGAUAUUCUGCAAAAGGUACAGGGAUUGGACUGCUGAGGACUGGGGUAAAGUCAUUUUCUCUGAUCAAUCCCCUUUCCGAUUGUUUGGGGCAUCCGGAAAAAAGCUUGUCCGGAGAAGACAAGGUGAGCGCUACCAUCAGUCCUGUUUCAUGCCAACAGUAAAGCAUCCUGAGACCAUUCAUGUGUGGGGUUGCUUCUCAGCCAAGGGAGUGGGCUCACUCACAAUUUUGCCUAAGACAGCCAUGAAUAAAGAAUGGUACCAACACAUCCUCCGAGAGCAACUUCUCCCAACCAUCCAAGAACAGUUUGGUGACGAACAAUGCCUUUUCCAGCAUGAUGGAGCGCCUUGCCAUAAGGCAAAAGUGAUAACUAAGUGGCUCGGGGAACAAAACAACAACAUUUUGGGUCCAUGGCCAGGAAACUCCCCAGACCUUAAUCCCAUCGAGAAUUUGUGGUCAAUCCUCAAGAGGCGGGUGGACAAACAAAAACCCACAAAUUCUGUCCAUCAGUCAGGAUGUGGCUCAGAAGUUAAUUGACAGGAUGCCAGGGCGGAUUGCAGAGGUCUUGGAAAAAGAAGGGUCAACACUGCAAAUAUUGACACUUUGCAUAAACUAAAUGUAAUUGUCAAUAAAAGCCUUUGACACUUAUGGAAUGCUUGUAAUUAUACUUCAGUAUACCAUAGUAACAUCUGACAAAAAUAUCUAAAAACACUGAUGCAGCAAACUUUGUGAAGACCAAUACUUGUGUCAUUCUCAAAACUUUUGACCACGACUGUACAUGUCAUGUCUCAAAAUCGAUAUCCAUCAUACCUCUAUUGUUUAUGUCCUCCGGAUUCGAGAAGAAAGACGAGUUCAAUGGUGAGCCUGUCAGUUAGCGUUAAUUGUCGCUCAGCAUCCAGCCUAGCUGAUGCAAAGCUAUUUCCCAGAUUUUUGACCACUUUUGUUCUCUGGCCUCCAUUGAUUUAGUAGCCCUAAUUUUGGCCAUCCUACAAUGGUAAAAACUCGGAUAUUUGAACGGAUUAUGAUCGAGACAUUAGGUUUGGACCAUUGGUUUUCUUAGAGGAGUAUCUACACAAUUAACAUAUUACCCAUUGGUCUUUAAGCCCACCUAAGAUAAAUGUCAAAUUUAUAAAAAAUGGCAUCUAUGUAUAACAAUGCAAGGUUAUUUUAUAAACAAAUAAGAGAAAAUGCAUUUAAAAAUGUAAGCUGUGAAUGCCUGAAAUCGAUUAUUUUGUAGUUGACCAAGUGAUGUUGUUACUGUGUGACUGUGACCUGCAGGCAUGACUGCUAGCAUGAAAAACCCAUAUUUUCAAUUGUCAAGAAAUAGUAAUGAAUGCCCAUGAAAUAUGCUAUCAUGUGCAUAUAUCAGUACAUUCAUUUCUUAAUUUUACAUAAAAUAGAUCUUAGGGUCGCCUCAACACAAGUUUGUUUUGCAGCUUUGAAAUUGGGAACUUACACAGCAGUCAAUAAUUCAAUAAUAAAACAUCUGAAUGGCUUAGAAUAUCAAAUGUUAUGGAUAUAACAACCAGAUAAUAAUAAUAAUAAUAAUAAUAUGCCAUUUAGCAGACGCUUUUAUCCAAAGCGACUUACAGUCAUGUGUGCAUACAUUUUUUACAUGUGGGUGGUCCCGGGGAUCGAACCCACUACCCUGGCGUUACAAGCGCCAUGCUCUACCAAUUGAGCUACAGAGGACCACAUUGAGCUACAGAGGACCACAUCUGAAUUGGUUGAAGCAUUAAAAUGCAGAAAAUGUUUAUUUUUUAUUUAAAUCCAAAGAUGGAAGUGGGUUUAAUGGCUUACCCUACUGUGGUUUUCUUUCUCUAUAUAGUUGUGUGGCUUUGCUGUAACGUUACAGCAUUGCCUCAGCGGGACUAGGUCAUUAUUUAAUGUGGACCAAUGCUCUUAUUUCUUUCCAAUGUAGCCUAGCUUACCAUACAAAGGGACUCCUAAGUUGCUCUGUGCUUUUGCCGCUUAGCCUAUGUCACAUAUUCAGGUGGGAAUUCAGUCUAACGAUCCUACUACACUGGACACUUAACCUUUGCAGAGCGUGAAAUUGGGCACAAGCGUGUCGGCCACUUCCAGUGUAGCAACUAAAAAAAUACCUACUGCCUUCCUGAUGUGCUAGUGUAGCACAUGUAUUACACACAUUUUGUCUCUGUUGUGUACCUCUACUAUAGCAGGUUGAGAUGUGGGCUGCAAGUUUAUUUGGACUGAUCCAGAGACAUUUGUCAAUAUGUUGUGAAUUGGCAUAAGUGUUGCUCUAGUCUCAAUGGUGCGCAACACCUGCGGCAGAAACAUAAUGCAACCCACCGGGUCCCUGUCCUACUACUCCUUGGAGUGAAGCAUUUGAGCGUGUGUGUGUGUGUGUGUGUGAGAGAGAAGGAGACUGUGAGAAAAACACAGGAGUCAAGUCUCCUCGUAUCCAUCCCUCUAAAUCUCAUCUGGUUGCGGCGAGGUUAAUAUGUUAGGAAGAGUGCAGCCGCUUCCUGUCACAAUAGCAGAAGGAUGAAAAUAAUUACAAAAAACAAUUAGUGAGGCUGAGGAGGGAAUGUGGGACACAAGGAGGUGGGGAGCCGAGGGAGUGGGAUAGGGAGGAUCGAGAGGGGGGCAGUCCCAAGGGCUUUGAACUAGACCCAGAAGACAACACGGCACAGACGAGAGUGCGAGCGAGCGUCUGUGUUAGUUAGGCUGUUGCUGGUUCAAUAUGUGCUUUAGAUAUGGGAUAACAUUACAAAAUAUUCUGAAGUUCAUGCCUGCCCGAAGGCAGUAAUACCAUAAUUUCUUUAUCCUGUGGUAAAAAUAUAUCCUUAUUUAUAUUGAAUUUUCGUACGCGGUUCUCGCAGGGUUCCCAAAAGUAUUAAGAAUUGUUUUCGUUAAAGCAGUUUCUUGUCGACAUCCCACACCUUCCUUUAGCUAUGCUCUCCAAUUCACACCCACCCCAGAGUAUAUGGACAUGCACAUAUGUUACAUAAACAUGUUUUCCAUUCCUUCCUGAGCAUUUAUUAAUAUUUUUUCUCUCUUGUCUACCUGAAUGGAGAUGAGCUAAGCUGUUAAGCGAAGAGGAUGUCUCUUGUGGUUCGAAACCUCAGGGGAUGAGUGGUAGCGAUGGAGCUUGGCAUUGGGGGGAUCAUGCACUGUGUACCUACCAGGGAUCCAGAACAACAACUGGGCCUCUCGAUAACCCCAGGAGUAAGUGCCAAGCUUCAGAGAGAUGGUGUAAGAGAAGGGAAGACGGAGAACACUGGCAAGCAACUGUAAAGAAGCCUGAAAUCAACUAACUGCAUAAUGUAUUUCAAAACUGUAUUCAUAAAAUGAACAGCAUAGACACUGUUCUUGUUGAACAUUUCAGUGUUAAUGGUCUUUACAGGGUUUCUCUGUUAUAAACCAUUAACUCAGUCAUAUGUAGCCUCUUGGGUUGUUUCCAAAAAGUAAGCCCUCUUGCUUAUUUAAAGAUUUAGCAAAAAGGCCACAGCAACAGUUGCUGGUGCUAGCGUCGCAUAUGGGGUUUUCUUUUUUUAGUACAGCACGGGCACAAAUAAUUACUAGUGCCAUAUUGCACACGACUCCCCUGUUCCAGCACAGAUGAACAAUUAAUACAGCACAUUGAGGAGAAAUGCCAAUAAAGAGAACAUGUCCUGGGGCACGGUGCAAAGAGCGGGGGAGGGAGGGAGGGAGCGAGCGCUGGCACGUGGGAGAGGAGAGGGAGAGUGAGCGGGGUUGGGUUGAUUUACUACGGUUCACUUCUUUCAUCACCAGAACCAACCGUACAUCCUUCCUUUUUUAGUUGAAUUAAUAUUAGUUAGACACCCCAUCUCUCUGCGUGUUUUAUGAGGUUAUUUUGAACAUGUAUGUGUUGUGUGUUUGUGACUAGGCGUGAGUUCAGGUGCCAGAUUUAACGAGCCUGCUGCCUGGUUGCUGGUGCCCUCUGAGGUGACAUGGGGAGGAAGGGUUAUUUUGUUGCCAGCCCUAGCGCUGUAUUGUAACCUGUGAGACAGGUGUCGCUCGGGUUGGGUGGUGGUGAUGCCACUGGGGUGUUCCGGGGCACACCAAUGGGUUCAGGUAUGGCCUGGCGAGACACACGCGCAGACACACAACCCCUCUCCACAGGGAGCAUGGUAAGUAAGCCUUUCUUUCCCCUGUGGCAAGUGUCUAACACACAUUGAUACUAGGGCCAGGUGUUCAGAUUACAGUAGGUUACUGCAGCUCAGGUGAUUCACAUUAGACAUCCACUGUCUCUCUCUCUAUUCUAGGACUGGGUUCAUAUGCAAAGCCUAGCUGCUGAAUUGUAGCAUUCGUUUCAUAGCAUCAGUAGGUUUAACUCAUUUUAACCGGAAGCUCUACAAUUGUCAAACGUCAAUCCAGGGCGCGCACGCCAUGACUGGUUUCUGAAACUUCAAUUUGUCCUGAUAGAGGGAUUAUACCAAGGAGGGUGGAUAGCGAAAGAGGAGUAUUGCGAGCGUGAAGAAUAGCUCAUUGAAACGGAGUGGCUAGAAGGAUAAAAUAAGUAAUUUAAGGGAGAGCGGGAGACUACUUCAGAAGUUUUUAAUGAGCCCUGGCGUUACUCCAGGGCAUAGGGUGGAGGGUUGUGGAGGGGAGGAUGGUGGAGGGAGCAGCGGGGGUGCCGUCUCCCAGCAGAUGUCACACUGCCAGUGACACCAUGACCCCCCCCCCCCCCAGUCCUCUCCAACACCCAACCCACCUAACCCCCCCUCCAUGUCUCGGCAGUUUCACACCCGUCCUCGUAGUCUUGCGCCGCUGUUGUUUAAUCUCCUAUUUUGUUAACUUCAAAAUCAAAGCCGAUAAUUAGGAGAGGCGAUGUUUGAACGAGCUGAAAAUAAACUGUAACUACUUUAUAGUUGCGUUCUGUUGCGUUCUUAAUCAUACGCUGCCGCUUCAGUGUCUGGCACCCACCUUAUGCAACAAUAGUUUAAUGUGCUGACCAUAGAGAGAAAUCGUUAGAGUGCAUUAAUAAAUCGAUUAGUCUCUAUGGUACUGACUAUUGGUCGCUGUUGGAGCACCAACCUUGGAGGAAAAGAAAACUGGACGUUGUUGUUCGGAUGUGGACGAAGAAUUGUAUUGUGUGUGUGAUCAUUUUGUUUAUUGUCCAUUACAUCUCCAUCGUGAGAACAUUGUCAUAACACGAUAAUAUCGUCGUAUCGCAAUAAUAAUAAUCACAAUUGUUUUCCAUAUCUUCGCUGACCUAUGACCUCUCUUUUCUCUCCUCUCUCUCACCAGACUCCGUACCAUGUCAACCUGUUGCUGGCUGGGUUUGAUGAGACGGACGGCCCAGGGCUCUAUUACAUGGACUACAUGUCUGCUCUGGCCAAAGCCCCCUUCGCUGCCCACGGCUACGGAGCUUUUCUCACCCUGUCCAUCCUCGACCGCUUCUACAGGCCAGGUGGGAUCUCGUUCUUUAUCUCUCUCUUUCUCCAUCCACAUCUUUUACUAUUCCUCUAUUUUAUUGCCCUCAAUCUCUUUUUUUUCUCCUCUUUCUGCCUCCGUCUCUCACUAUCUUCUGUUCUAAUCAUCUUUGUCUGUUUCCACUAUUCCUUUCUCUGUAUUCUUUGCUCUCUCAACACUGUAACAGAAUUAAAUAGUAAAUGAUUGAAGAGUUCUUGUAUUUAUGUUCAACUUCAUCAGGAUGUGAAGCGAAUCAUAUUGCUCUCUUCCGGUCUCUCUAAUCACUCUCGUGCUUCAGAUCUGACUCGCGAUGAAGCCGUAGACCUACUGAAGAAGUGCAUUGAGGAGGUGAGCUCGGUUCUUUUAUCUGUUUAGAGCUAACUGAAUAACAGCAGUGUGCUUCAUCACCACCUGAUAAGUUGGUUUCAAGUCAUCACGUUUGGAGAUAUUGCUGUGAUGCACAUUGUCUCAGCAGUCGGGUGCAAGUUGCUUGAAAUGAUCAAAUUGAGAUGUCUUUAUAUUAGGAACAUUUAAUUUUGCUAGAACUGUUCGGUGAACCGAGAAUAUCACACAUAACAUGAAAAUAGCUUUGUUUUCUAUAUUCCAGUGCCGCCACUUGCAUUGGUAUGAAAUGACUCAUGACCUAACUCCACUCUCUCUCUUUCUCCUCCAGCUGAACAAGCGCUUCAUCCUCAACCUGCCCUCCUUCAGCGUCCGUUUGAUUGACAAGGACGGCAUCCAUGACCUGGAGAAGCUUACCCCUGUGGGCGCCAAGUGACCGCUCACUGCUCACCCCUAAUGCCCAAAUUUUUGUACCGUAGACCUUGCUCUUUAUGUUCCAAUAAAACGUGACGCACUGUUGAGAUAUCUCUUUGUCCUCGUGGUGCUUUCCUCAGUGUCCCCUAUAAAGAGAACAGCAUUCUGGCUGUGUACGCUGUAAUCUGUGUGUGUCGUGUACGUGCAUAGUCGACCGUGAGUGAAAGUGAAAAGCCAUAUGAUCAGAAAUGAAUGAUAACAUGGAUUUGUUUGAUUAUUGCUAUUUAAAUGAUGGACCUUGCAUCUAAAUGUACCUAAAUAAAAUGUGUAUUUUCAUGAGACCAG